AUGUCCGCCUUCGCGUUCGCCCUCGGCGCCGCGUCCGCGACGCCGUCGUCGGUCGCGUCGUCGUCCGCGCGCCGCGCUCCCCGCGCGUCCUCCUCCUCCUCCGCGUCGCUCCGAUCGACCGCGAUGACGUCGUCGUCGUCGUCGUCGCGCGAUCUUCUUCGUCUUCGCGGCCGUCCCUCCUCCUCCUCCUCCUCCUCCUCCUCCUCGCGCCGCGGCGCGUCGGUCGCGACGCGCGCCAAGGCGCCCUUCCCCGUCGGCGUCCCCGACGCGAACGGCAUCGUCCCGGGCGUCGGCAAGGGCAUGCCGAAGUGGCCCGAGGUCUGGAGCUGGCUCAACGACGAGAAGCGCAUGCAGACGAUCGACUCGAGAGAGGCGGUGAAGAUGAUGAACCGCGGCGCCGUGCUCCUCGACGUGCGGUUCGAGCCGGACUACGAGAAGUGGAGCGUCCCGGGGAGCGUGCACGUGCCGUACGUCACCGGAGGCGUCCUCGCGAAGAUGCGGCUCCCGGGGUUCAAGAAGAAGAACGUCGACUUCGUGUCUCAGGUGGAGGCGGCGGUGCCGGAUAAAAAGACGAAGAUAAUCCUCGCGUGCAUCUGGGGCGGGUCGCUCGUGCGCGAGCCGCCCAAGAACCGGGGGCUGACGGACGACACGAAGGGCGCGGGGUCGCUCCCCGGCGCGUUCGAGCUGUACCAGGCCGGGUACACCAACUUAUACCACAUGUACGGCGGCGUGAACCAGUACUACCAGGACUGCGCGUUCGACGAGAGUUUGAUCGACGGCGAGGGGAUUUGGCCGGGGGAUCUCGAGUGGUUCGGGUACAGGCAGUUCGUGGGGAAGGACCGAUUGAAAGGGCAGAGGGACGACUGA